AUGGAUCCCAGAUCAUCCUCACAGAGACACUGCACAGCAUGUCGAUCGUUGAAGAAAUUGCCAAACGUCAGGACUGAGAGAAUAGAACUCACUGGCCCAGAGAACUACACGGCAUGGCUCCGCGCGUUCACUUUCGAGGCCGAGAGAAAAGGUGUCUUGGGCUUCUUUUCCUCCGUCUACAAAGGACCUCGAAAGCCGGACUGGGACCGGGACAUGGCCGAGAUUCGAGCCCAUGGCGUGGACUUGACAGAGGCGGAGCUCCGCGCACUCCAAACCAGAUUCGCAUUUUGCUGGCACGCGUACAAGAAGGACAGAAAACGGUUCAGAUGGGCGAAAGCACUCAUCAUCAAGUGGGUCCACCCUGCCAUCGGAGAGGAAUUGCUCGUACGUGGCAAGACUCCAUCAGAUGCCCUCGACUACCUCCGCAAAAAGUACAUGCCAAAGAUACCUUGUGCAUGGGAGAUCGUCGAACCCGAGCGUGGACGCUUCACCUCCUGGAUCCUGAGGCCGGUCAUGGUGUUUCUCAGCGAGGUCAGGGCUCAUCCGAGGGUGGAACAACAGGGAGCAGAAGGACCCCUUCCUCGGAACCCUUCCAACAACACACAUGACGAAUUUCUCGCCGUCUCAGCGUCGUGCUGGAUGACGAACGACGACGACGACGACGUCUUAUGA